UCUCGCAUUGCAAAAACACCACAGCUGAGCAAAGAACGUGAGCUGAGGCCAACGCGACGGAAAACAAGCAUGGACUUUUGAAUAGGCUACACAACAAGCAUGGACAAUACAAACAUGGACGUAUUAUUACUGAGGGUAAAGGAGGAGGAAGAUCAUUGGCAGCAGUCACAGGAUCAUGAAGUUGAGUUGUUCCAGACACUGAGACUACAGGUCGAAGAUCUCCAGAAAAGACUUGAGGAGAAGGACAACAAACUCAUUAUGGCGAGCAAGGUGAUCAGAGCACUGAAGUAUGAGGUGCAGACUCUGCAGCAACAGCUGGAGCAGCACAGACGGAAGUGCCAUGGUGACCUGAAUGGACAGAGAGGCUGGCCAUUUCAGUAUGGAAGAGGAAAUGACAUCACUACAAUGCCAUGUGUGCAGGCAGAAAGUGUUCCAUCAGACUGUCGUGCCAGUGAGCCAAGAUCACAGGAUGUUACAUCACAGAGCUCUGAACCAUUUUUCCGUGUGGUUGAAAUUGAGGAUUUUGGGAUGCCACCAAACGUCGUCCUGUCCUGUACUGCUGAGGGCGACCCAACAAACUUUUGGAUGUCGCCUGUUGACGACAAUCUGACACCACCACAAGAUCUGGAGGACGACCCAGCAGAUUCUCCUGUGACCCUUGGGUACCGUACACUCAGUAAAGUGAAAUCGCAGCAGGUGCCGAAAUUGCCUGUGCUUUCGGUGAUGCUACAAGACUGCCGUGACCUGCUGGGGCCUGACGGAGUUUUAAAGAUGGAAUUCGAAGAGGGUGAGGAUGCGGACGAUGGCGAUGAUCUUUUUUAUGAAGAUGAUGAAGACGACAGUGAUUAUGACCCGAAAAGUGACGGCUUCUCUCCCUGCUCUGAGAACAAAGAAGUGUUAUCUCCACCAGAAGAGCUCAUCGCUGAGCCUGCGGGGGAUCAGAGAAGACAGAACAGAGGAGGGACGAGAAUCACGACAAAAACUACUCUGGACAAAUCUCACAACAAGUACAGGAAAUGUGGAAAGACAUUUUCAUAUCCAAGCCAAAAGCUGUCUGUUCGCAAAGGAGGGUAUGCCAGAAUAAAGCCCAUCACCACUGCUGCUCCAUAUGAUGCAUCCACUGUCUCUCCGCAUGAAAACACAUCCAGUAACUCUGCCAAAACUGCAAGUCCUCAGGAGGAAGAUGAUCGUGCUAAUACAACCUCUGAGCCCUACAAAGCAAAGGCAGCUGACCUCAUCCAACACCCGACGGUUCAUCCACGUAGGACAUGGGAUAUUAUGGAAUAUUGUGUUCCUUAUGAAUGUGAUGUAUGUGGUAGAACGCUUUCAAACAAGACAAACUUAGCUGUUCACAAAAGAACGCACACAGGAGAGAAGCCUUAUGGCUGCACUGAGUGUGGACAAACAUUCAGGGCUUCAAAUAGUUUACGACGUCACCAGAGACGUCAGCAUUUACAGACAGCUCUCCCACGUAGGAAACGUGGAAGGCCUAAAAAAGUAGAUGAUGACUUGCGUGAUACACUACGUGAUUACUUACACUCAGGGAAGCCAUAUGCUUGCACUCAGUGUGACAAAACGUUUAAAUAUAGAGGUUCCUUUCUCACUCACAAAGCAUGGCACAUAGGAGAGAAGCAUCAUGCCUGCACUCAGUGUGGGAAAACAUUCAGGUUUCUAAGCAACUUAAGAGAUCACCUGAAAAAGUGUCACGCGCAGAAAAGGCCAUCCACGGAAUCACCCAACACUGGAAGCUGUCAAGAGAUUGGCAAAUUCUCAACACAGUCAAGUAGUCUUAACCAGAACCCCACUGAAAAGGCACCAACUACCUCUAUACCUGAAAGCACAUCCACUGACUCAUGCAACACUGGAAGCCAUCAGGAAGUGGAGGGUAAUGAUCAUGCUAAUGCAACACCUGAGCCCUGCAAAAACAAUCACACUGCCCAAGCGAACUCAGGCGAAAGGCCUUAUGCCUGCAAACAUUGCAACGCAACGUUCACAAAUGUACGUGGUCGAACCCACCAUGAGAAAUUGCAUUCACUGAAAACGGGUGCAAAGCCAGCUGGCCUCAUCCAACACCCGACAGUUCAUCCAAAUGGGACAUAUGGGGAAAAAGGAAAUAAUAAAAGAAGAUAUGUUCCUCUUGAAUGUGAUGUAUGUGGGCUAAUGCUUGCAAACAAGAGAAAUCUAAUUGUUCACAAAAGAAUUCACACAGGAGAGAAGCCUUAUGUCUGCUCUCAGUGUGGAAAAGCAUUCAGGUCUUCAAGCUCUUUUCGAGGUCACCAGAAAAGUCGCCAUUUACAAGACGGACAUUUACAGACAACUCUCCCACUUGGGAAAUGUGCAAGGCCACGUAGGAAACGUGGAAUGCCUAAAAAAGUAGCUGAUGACUUGUGUGAUACGCUACGUGAUGACUUGCACUCAGGGGAGAGGCCAUAUGCUUGCACUCAGUGUGACAAAGCAUUCAGGUCUUCAAGCAAUUUACGACAGCACCAGAAAAGGCUUCAUACACAGCAAAGGUCAUCCACUGAAUCACCCAACACUGGAAGCUCUCAAGAGGUGGGUCAAGCCUCAACACACUCAAAUAGUCUCAAUCAGCGCCCCAUUGACAAUCCACAUGGAAACACAUCUACUGACUAUCCAGAUGAAGAGGAAGGGGAUAAUGGAAUAACAUAUGAAGUUCCUUGUGAGUGUGAUAUAUGUGGGAAGGAGUUUACAAGAAAGAGAAAUCUAAUCAUUCACAAAAGAAUGCACACAGGGGAGAAGCCUUAUGCCUGCACUCAGUGUGGAAACACGUACAGAUCCAAAGAUGCUUUGCGAAUUCACCAGAAACGGUGCCAUUUACAAGACAGACAUUUACAGAUAGCUCUCCCACUUAGAAAACGUGGAAGGCCUAAAAAAGGAACCGGUCACUUGCGUGAUGCACUACAUGAUCACUUCCACUCAGGGAAGAGGCAAUAUUCUUGCACGCUGUGUGACAAAACAUUUAAGUAUAGAGGUUCCUUUCUCACUCACAAAGCAUGGCACACAGGAAAGAAGCCUUAUUCCUGCACUCAGUGUGGGAAAACAUUCAGGUCUGCAAGUGCUUUACGAGGUCACCAGAAAUUUCAUAAUCAUUUACAGGAAAAGCCAUCUGGUACAGAAAAAAGAGAAAACUGGAAAUGUGAUGUGUGUGGGAUAAUAUUGGCAAACAGCAGAAAUCUACGAAUACACUUAACAUUACACACAGGAGAAAGGCAAUAUGCCUGCACUCAGUGUGACAAAACGUUCAUGUACAGAACUAGCUUACAAAAUCACCAGAGAAGUCAUCAUUUACAGGAAAGACCAUCCCUUGAAUAUAGAAGAUACAAAGUUACUUUGAAAUGUGAUAUAUGUGAGAGAGUGUUUUCAAACAAGAGUAGUUUAAUCGUUCACAAGAGACGACACACAGGAGAGAAGCCUUAUGCCUGCACUCUGUGUGAAAAAACGUUCAGACAUCAAGGUACUUUAAAACUACAUCAUAGACUUCAUACAAAGGAAAGGCCAUAUAAAUGCUCUGAUUGUCCCAUGGCUUGGAACAGUUUAGGAGAAUUAAAAAAUCACAUCAGACGAAAGCAUACAGGAGAAAAACCAUAUGCUUGCCCUCUGUGCCCCAAGACGUUCUAUACUGCUUCAGAGCGGAGUUGUCAUAAAAAAAGUCAUUUGGGUUAGAACGUUGGCCGAGGUGACAAUGGCCGUGUGGUCCACUUUUAAUCAGUUUAAAUGUAUAAACCAAUUAAGAAUGCCUCGUGUAAGCAGUCAAAUAAUCUCCUUAAAUAUAAACGGUCUUAGUAUUGACACUAACUUUAUUACUUUACUUAUUCAGAAUAUGAAACCGAUUAAACAAUAUAAGUGCCCUUGUACACUGUUAAUUUUUUGUUGAAAUGGCAAGUGACUCAUGUCAUUAAACAGUUUAGGACAAUUAAGUCAUGACAGACAAAAACAUACAGAGUAUGUGUCUUGUGCUCCAAGACGUUCCAUAGCACUUCAGAUAUUCAUGAAGUAAGUCAUAAAGUAAGUAUUCAAGGCAAGGCAAUUUUAUUUGUAUAGCGCCUUUCGUGCAUAGAUGCAGUACAAUGUGUGUCACAAAAAUAAAAGUAAAGGACUAAAGAAAACAAUAGCUAAAGAAAGAAAGAAUUAAACGUUUUGAAUCAAAGUAAUUUAAAACAUUAAUAUCAAACGUUGUCAGUCGGGACAACAGUGACAACCAAAGUUAGCCUUCUAAAACACGAGUCGUCAAUUCACACGGUAUUCCUGUAAGUUAUGCAGCAAGGCCUUCAACGUUCCAUCAAAGCUAUCAGCAAGGUUAUAGCUCACAUAUGAAGAGUAGUGUCCAAGAUAGUGGGAGUAGGCUAAUUGCGCUGGGUUUCUGUGAAACAUGUAAACAGUGAAAAUUGAAACAUUCACGAAAGUGUAUAUAGAAUGUAUUUGUAGUCGUUAUCUGUUGCAUGCAACUCUGUCUGUCAUUUGUACUUUUAUUUUGUGCUUUUAUUUUCAUUUUGUGUCAUUUUUCUUGGGAAAUGUGUUGCUGUACCAAAUACUCAAUAAAAGUCUUUUUGAAAUUCCACAUGGUGCUGGGAACAC